CUGACCAUGGGCAAGUUUCAUCAGUGUUGAAGUAUAAACGAAGCACAUUCUCACGUCUACUCACAACUGCACUCACAUCACAGGCUCAGGAUACAUCCCUCUAUUCUCGGCAUCCCAAAGCGUAAGCAAAGAAUCUGUCCUGCCAUGGCUUUCACCGGAUCGAAGCCUCCUUCCGUUCUGGGCGUUGCAUAUUUGGUGGGAAUUAUUCUUCUGCACACAGGGAGCUGGAGAGCGGACGCUGCUCCACUGGUGAUCAACAGCGAGAGCUACAUAGUCCGAUACCAAAGCGCGACUUGCGAUAGCACUGGAAGACUAGUUUUCUCGGGUGCAGAUUCUCCAAUCGUUCUCAGCUCCACACCUAAUUUACAGGUUCAGACAAGCACUGUGAACUCCAUGCGUUAUCAGGACAUCUGGAACCAGAAUCUCAUAACUGAUAAUCCUCCACGUUAUCAAAUUCUACAGGUCGGCGAAGGGGAAGAACCUUCACAAAACUGCAUGUUCGUAGAUGCCGACGCCGGCGCUGGCAGUAUCCUAACCGUCGAUGUCUGCUCGUCGUCCUCCACCACCUUCCAACAGUUCGAGUAUUCCCUGGCUACGAGCGCAACCGGAUGCGAGUCCGGCAACGAAAACGGCUUCGCCGUGCAAAUAAAACCUGCAGCUGUAGUGGACAUCGGCGGCGAUCUUUGCUUCUCUGCAUCCAGCAGCGCCGGUGUCACUGUCACUCUCCAGACUUGCAACUCGGCUGACGAAAGCCAGCUAUUCUUCAUUAAUGUUCCAUCUAUCACGACUCAGCCUUGAGAAGCUGAGUGCUCAUCGAUCGAAAGUCGUCUUCUAGAUGAUUGGCUGAACCGAGAGAAGAGUGAUUUCCUUAGAUGAUUAGACUGUUUUUGGGUGGGACUGUCACCUCAAUGUGUUCAUCAGUUAAUACAAAGGUUCUAAUUUUAAAGAUGCAACUGAGUCGUUUAUUAAUCUCA